UUCAGUUACUGAGUAUCAGUGGUUAAUAUCUCAGUGCACUGUACUGCUCAGAGUGGAUCCCUCCGCGUUACAGUGUAGUUGACGACCAAAGUGAAGCAGAGACUUGGGUGACUUUCCAUUUGGUGAGGUGGUGCAGUCAGGAGGACUAGAACAGCUUCUGAGCCCAGUCAAACAAGUGUCCUUUGGAUUGAAGAAGGACCAAGCCAUGGCAGAAGCCCCUGUGAGCCAGGACAUCCUUGGUUCAAGGUCGUCCAAAGGCAAGGCGACAAGACCCUCUAUGCUCAAGGGACAACACAGAGAUGAUCGAGACAGUCUGGAAGAAGAAGAUCUGGACAAGGAAGAUGAAGUAUAUCUGAACGAGGAAAGGGAGUACAGCCUAGUCAGAGACAGCAAAAAGAGUCUGGACGAAGAAAGUGAGGAUGAAUUUGAUGAGGAAACCCAGCUGAGCCGCGGUGAGAACACAGAUGAUGCCGAGGUUCAGCUGCCUGAGAUUUCCUUCAGCUCCUCAGAAUCAGAUGAGUCUGAAGAGGAAGGUGACUCCAGGGAUCUAGCGGUGAGAUCGAAGACCAACAAAAAAGGGGACAACGAAGGGAAGAAUAUUAGCAAGAUUUUGAAGUGGUUGUCAUCGUGUAUGGCUAGUUUAUUUUCAGAAUUCCGCAUGACCAGUCUGCUUCGCGACUUCGUUGAGUCAGAGUUCUUUGUCAUCGAUGGCGACUCGUUAAUGAUAAUGUACAUUCACAAUUCAACUGUUGACCCUGGGCAGAACCUGCACUUUUUUUAUCUGGUGGAGUGGUUCCUGUUUGAUUUGAUCCAAAAGCAGGCCAAGUUCAUCAUCACAUUCUUUAAGGAUGUUGAAUGUAUUUGGAACCGAAGUUGCCUGUGCCUCUCAAUCCGUGAGGCACUGAUUCUCCACCUUCAGCACAACACAGAUAUCCCAGUCCACACGGAGUUCUCUAGCUGUUUAGAUCCCAAAUGGAAGGCCUUCUUGGACGAGAACCACCCGUACUUUGUGAUGAUUUCUGAAACAGCUAACCCAGGAGAAAAGGGGCCAUAUGCUCCCACCGCACUGUUCCACACGCUGAUGAUUCACACACUGGGGAAUGGAAUUAAUGUGGUCCUUACAUCAGGAAUCAACCAGGACAUUCUCAGAGUGAAUGGGUAUCACAAGACCAGCAACGCAUUAUUAAUUUCUGUGUUUCAGCAGAGGGCAGCAGAUCUGAAAUGUGCUCAGGAGCAACUGCUGAGAACUGCACCGGAGUUUCACUGGCAAGUGUUUGGUGCUGCAGAUGGAAAAAAACUGGUGGAUACUCUCCACAGUGAGAUUCACCAGACCUUCUCCGCCCUGAAGCUUCUGUGGCCCCAAGGAGAAGAUGUCCGAAAAAUUGUGUGUGCUGUGUCUUGCUCUGUGGCACUGAAAAUCUAUGGCUACAAGAUGACAAUGGCCAAGUCAACAGGAGAAAAGACUGGAGCAUCAGGCAAUAAUGAGCAGGAGGAUCCUGAAGAAGUGUCGGUGCAGGGAGCAAAGGAGCUCUGCCGAAUGUACUGCCUACACGUGGCUCUCCUCUGCAACCUUCCAUUGGCUCAAAGGGCUCUCAAGAUCAAGGCCAAGUGGCAAAAAUCAGCCAUGUCAUUCCUACGACUGAGGAGGAUGACGGAAUUCCUGGUGCUGAGGAAACUGGGUGCCACCCGAAACUGGCUGGUCGACAUGACAUAUUUGACUGACCUGAGUGACGAGCAUCUCUUUAAAAGUGUGGCAAAGAUCUGCUCUGAACGGCCACCUGGUGCAGGGUCAGAGCUGCGGCUGGGAGAAAUAGUCGGGACAGAGUACCAAAGCAUCUGGGAGGCCAUAACCACGAUUUCUCCUGCUUUCGAUGUUGGAGCUGCUUUUCCAGUGACAUGUCCUCCUGGGCUACUUCUGCUGUCAGCUGACACCACAGCACCAGCCCAUAAGGAGCAAGGGAUUCCUCCCAUUGGUUUAAUCCCAGUGACCUCUGAACUGGUGGAAGAAUACCUUGGCAAAAUGCUUGAAGAAAUGCCUCAACUUCACAGUGAGGACCCCAGUGUUGCAUCGCUGUUGAAGCUCAGAGAGUUUGAUGAGGUCUUACAUUGGCAUUCAAGAAAGCCCUUGUUGGAGACAUGGCUUGACAGAACGCAUAAGCUUCCAUCAGAUCCAUGGGAGAGGAAGUCAACAUUAAGAAAGCAACAAAAGCUGGUUGUGUUUGAGAGACUUUAUGCAGAGUCACUUGAGGAGAAUGCAGCGUUAACAGUUGUCAGUGGUCAUGCAGAGGCAGCUGACAGCCCGUCAAAGUCCCACGCAGGACAUGGCAAGGAGAAAAGCAAGAAAUCUGGGCCAAAGAAAAGAGCUGAGCUCAUUAUUGAGGCCCAGAAGCAAAAGAAGAUGGAGGAGAAGGAGAAGGCGGCCAGGGAGCAAUGGGGCUCAGUUCAAGAGACUGUUGGGAAGGAAAUUGCUCAGGACUUGGAGAAAGGGCUGAAGACUCUGGACAAGUUUCUGCAGAAGUGUGGCAGUGCCCAAGUGAAGGUGAAAGCUCAGAUGGAAGGAAUUAAACACAGCUAUAAAGCCUGGGUGGAACAUUACAGAUCUACAGCGCCGUCCCUAAGAGACAUGAAAUCCGCAGUGAUGCUGAUGCACAGAAUCCACAUGGUUCUGAGCCAGUACGAGGAGCAUCUGGACCCAGGACUACUAACCAAGUUGGCUUCUUACCUCAAAGAUCUUGGAUUCCUGAACCUCAGAGAUUCACUCCUGGAAAGAAUCGAUGAACAUCAGAAAGAAAAGGUGAAGAAAGAGCUGAUGAGCGAUCCCAAGGUUCCGGUUGGGUUAGGAGCAGUUCGUUUUCAUCUGAAACAUAUGGGUCCUUUUCUAAUCCGGGAUGAAAGGAGCGAUCCAGAUCCAAGAGUCCGACAUUUCAUACCGGACACAUGGCAGAGAGAGCUAUUGGAUGCUGUGGACAACAACGAAUCUGCACUGAUUGUUGCCCCCACAUCAUCGGGUAAGACCUACGCAUCCUAUUACUGCAUGGAGAAAGUGUUGAGGACAAGUGAUUCGGGCAUCGUGGUGUACGUGGCACCGACAAAGGCACUUGUCAAUCAGGUGGUAGCAACUGUGUACGGGAGGUUCACCAAGAACUUACCUCAUGGAAUGGUGGUGUGUGGAUACUUCACGAGGGACUAUCAGAACCAUGUUCAUAAUUGUCAGGUGCUGGUUACAGUGCCACAGUGCUUGGAAAUUCUCCUGCUUGCCCCCCACCAACAGGACUGGACAAAGAGAAUUCAGUAUGUGAUUUUUGACGAGGUGCAUUGCCUAGGUGGUGAGAUCGGUGCGGAAGUUUGGGAGCAUCUCCUGGUGAUGAUCUGUUGUCCUUUCCUGGCCCUGUCAGCGACCAUCAGCAAUCCGCGGGACCUGCAACAGUGGCUGCAGUCGGUGAAGACCUACUGGGAACGAAUAGAGAGGGAUUCUGAGAAACCUUCCUCUGCAACCACCAAGCAGAUGGGCAAAAGAAAGGAAGGCGCUGAGAGGCAGUCCUUCAAAGUGAGACUAGUCACUUACGAAGAACGGUAUAAUGACCUUGAAAAAUUUGUCUGUGAUUUUGAAGAUGGUGAAUACAAAUUUGUACCCUAUCAUCCCUGUGCUGCCUUAACAGUCGAUCAUAUGGAAAAGUAUGGGAUCCCAUCUGAUCUUGCACUUUCUCCAGCCGAGUCCCUUAGAUUGUACGACACAAUGGCAAAUGUUUGGCAGGACUGGCCGAGGGCACAGGAACUCGAACCGGAAAAGAACAAGUCCUUCAAGGACAAGAUUGUUAUCCGGAAAUCCGAUGUGAGAGAAUAUGAAGCUGAACUGAAGAGGGAACUUGCAGAAUGGAUUAAAAUUGGACGGACAAAUGAGCUUAAGGAUGUGCUGCUGAUGCUGGAUCCAAAAGUCAAAGGGAUUUUCGGGAUACGACACCCUGAUAACUUCCCACGUUUGGUCGAAGCGCUUCAGAAACAGAAUGGUUUGCCAGCUAUAUUCUUCAUGUUCAACAUAGAAUUAGUCGAGAAGUUUGCUGAUAAAAUACUAGCUCACCUGUUGGAGAAGUCACAAGGCAAAAAGGAUCAAGAUUCUGACAGAGCUCAACUGAAGAUAAAAAGCAGGAUGACCAAGCUAUCGAAGUAUCUGGAAAAAGAGGAAACUAUGACACAUCCCUCCAGGAAAGAAGCUGAGAAACUACAACAAUGCAGGGAUGAAUAUGAAUUGUUAAUCAAGAAGUACCUGUCACUUCAAGAACUCCCUUCGGACUGCACGUUUUCCCAGAUUUCUGCAGCAGAUGAGAAGUUCUUGGACAAGGUCUUCUUCCGCAUGCGUUUCAUCCACAAGAGUGCCCACUACCAAGAUAUGUUGCGUCGAGGGAUUGGUUGUCACCACCGCUCCCUAAAUCUCAGGCUUCGGACUGCUGUCGAGAUGUUGUUCAGGCGCGGCCUUGUCAAGGUCAUCAGCUCCACAUCAACUCUGGCUCUGGGAAUCAACAUGCCUUGCAAGACUGUUGUUUUUCUCGAAGAUUCAGUCCACCUGGACUCUCUCAACUACAGACAGAUGUCAGGAAGAGCCGGCCGUCGAGGGUUGGACAAAGAGGGGAAUGUGAUUUUCUACAAAGUGCCGUUGUCCAAAGUGCAGAGACUGUUGAAGGCCAACGUUCCACAGCUGAGGGGCCAGUUCCCCCUGUCCAUAUCCCUGGCUCUCCGCCUCAUGAUGUUGGCAUCUAAAGCCAGCGACAAAGUUGAUGCCAAAGCCAAGGCACUGUCAGUCCUACAGUAUUCCCUGAUGACCUUCAAUCAGCCCAGAAAACAGAACAUCGUCAAAUUCUACUUCCUCUUCUCUCUUCAGUUCCUCCUCAGAGGGGGUUUUCUGGAUCAAGAGGGUCAGCCUCAGGGACCAGCGGGCUUGGUGAUGCAUCUCCAUUACCAUGAGCCUGCCAACUUUGUUUUUAUCCAUUUUCUGGUACAAGGCCUUCUGCAUGAACUCUGCCAACCCGUGAACCCAACUUCCAAUGUGUUUUCAGAAGAUGUGAUGGAGACCUUAGUUCUCAUCCUGGCCAAUCUCUAUGGGAGGAUGCCGCUACCAUCAGUUUUGUGGGAGCAGAAGCUGACCUUUGGACAGUCCAAGGUAUUCCUGAACGAUCUCCCGGAAAAGUUUGCAGCGUCUGUGGACGAAUACAACCUGAAUGCAAUCCAUGUUUUUGGAAACUUCCUGCUCACUAUCUCCCAGCAGGCUGACCUAAAAGCUGAAUUCAAGCUUCCCCUCACUAACACAACAUUUCCAUGUCCCCAGGAGCAGGAGGGAGAUGACUUCACCGCAGAGUUGUCCAAAUACUUAAAUGGUCCAGUCACAGCAGUGUCACCGUUCGCCUGCUUGUCCGGUCACACCGAUCAUGACCUGUUCAAGUGUUGCGACGUAGAUCAAAUUAUCUUCCGCACACUUGGAAUUCAUAUGAGCAACAUUCCCAUCCUGCCUUUGAAGUACUAUGACAGACAAGGAAGACGUAUGCCAUUUAAUGCCUAUGCCCUCGACUUCUACAAACAUGGCAGCUUAGCUGCUUUGAGCAACGACAACGGCAUAAAUCGAGGAGAUGCGUUCAAUCUGAUCAAAGAUUUCUCAAUGGUAAUUGCUGCAAUCAGCACGUCUCUAGCGGAUAUGUGCGACAGGGAUGACGACCCUGUUGUAUUAGCUUUUCAGCAGCUCAACGAGGAUUACCAUGCUAAGCUUGUCAAAGUUUACAGCUAAUGCACUGAAGAUUCCAACACUGUCAUCAUUGAAUGUGGUAUAGGACGGCAUGGGGACAUUUCUGAGCUAUGAUAAGAUCCUGUCUGGUGGGAAAAGGAAACAUUUCAAAGACAUCAAAAUCAGCCUGAAGAAAUCCAACAUUACAUCCAAACUUAUUGACCUCAGUAGAUACACCCGGAGGAAAUCUGUUGAAGAGGGAUCUGCGCUACGUGAGAGCGAUCUUGAGAGACUGAACAACCAAAAGACCCAAUCACCGAACACAGCCACCACUUACUCUUGGCCACACUGCACCAGAAUAUGUGGAACCUGGAUUGACCUCUCCAGCCGCCUGAGGACACAGCAAUAGAAAACUCCUCAGCAGAACCCCAUACUCAACUUGAGUGAGCAGUCCGUUGCUAAAAUCCUUAGCUGUUCUGGGAACUCGGGUCUAUGGACUCAAUUUGGUUCGGAAUGCUGUAGCUUGCUUCUAUUAUUUACAUGAUUUGUGUUUAAUUUAUCUUUCUUUGCACAUUGGGUGUUAAUAUUUUUUUAAUUAAGUUCUUUCGAGUUUCUUGCUUUGCAGCUGUCUGUAAGCAAACAAAACUCAGGGUUGUAUAAUUUAUACACUCUUUGACAUUAAGUGUACAUUGAAUCCUAACUGCCUCUUCCCUUCAAUGCCAAACAGAUAAUAAUAUGUUGCAAAAAUUACACAUUGAUAGAUAGACAGACAGACGUCAUAUUUUUCCCAGGGUUUAAGUGUCUAGUAGCAGAAGACAUGAGUUUAAGAUGAAGGGGGUGAUUUCAAAGGGGAUAUAAGGCCCAAGUUUUUCACUUAGAUGGUGGUGGGACCUGGAAUGUGCUGCCUGUCUUGGUAGUAGAGGCAGAUACAUGAGAGGCUUUCAAGAGACAUUCAGAUAGACACAUGAAUGAGAGAAAACUGGGAGGAUAAUGGCCAUUAUUAAUCCACUCCCUGUUUAGUUGGCCAUUUGACUACUAAUUUAAUUGAUUUGGCACUUUGUGGGCUGAAGAGUCUUCUCCUGUGCUGUACUGUUUGAUGUUCUAUGAUUGCUUCUGUUUUGGGGGAUAUUUAUUAUCAAUAUAUUGGAAUAAAGUUGUAUUAAUUCACCUACACCUUCAGGAAGAAACCAUUCAGCCCAGUAGGCCAACUUCUCGAGUCCAUCUAUCCAGUCGGCGGCACAAAGGACAGCAGUUAACGUAACGCUAUUACAGCGCCAGCGAUCACCGAUCAGCAUUCGGGGUUCAAUUCUGUGCCACCUGUACCCUAUGACCAUAGGACUUUCUUCCAAGCUCUCUGGUUUUCUCGCACGUUUCUCCCAUGUGUACGGCUUAGGGUUAAUAAGUUGUAGACAUGCUACGUUGGCGCCGGGAAUGUGGCAACACUGGAGGGCUGGCCACUACAAUGCUUGCAAUUUGGAUUUGACUAAAACGACACAUUUCGCUCUAUGUUUUGAUGUACGUACGUGUGUGAAAUAACAUUAAUCUUUUAAGAUUCUUUUGAAUGAAGUCAAAAUCAAGUUUAUAGACGUGUGUACAAGUCCAUGUAUGCAGAAGGUACAAUAAAAACUUACUUACAGAGC